AUGAAACCCCUUACAUUCCCCCAACAACAGAUCUCAAAGACCAAAAAGGUCUUCUCUAUCAUGGAUCGAAGACCACAACCGAGUUCUUUCGACCCCUUGGGACGAGGUGACAUGAUAGACGGGGACAAGGACGAGGCCGAAAUCGCACACGAACGAAAUGGGAAAUUCAAUGCCCUCCAAAGAUAUCGAUACAAGAGCUAUUGGUCAAAUCCCAAAGAUGCUCAUGUUUCAGCGCAACUUCUUGACACAGAGGAAGAUCUGAGAGAACUCGUCCAGGAGGAGCUAUCCAUCAAAGAUGGCCCGGCUACACGGGAAACCGAGAAGAGGCUGCACGUCCUUAAUACUCAAUACUGGCAUUUAUCCCAACAGUGGUGGCGAUUACGUUCGGAUUUAGCGCCUCUUCAAUUGAGGUCGUUUAUUCAAUGGCGGGCACAACCUAUCUGGUACAUGCACCGUGAACUCGUUGAAGAUUGUGCAGGUCGACAAGGCUGCUGUGCUCGUGGGUGUGGUUGCUGUCUAGAUCGAAAGCUCGGUCCGUCACGCAGCCUUGGGGUUGGGCAUUGUACGGUUGAAUGUGCAUGCUGUCGAGAAGCGAGAGGUUUCGAGCUUUCUGCUCAAGAGAAAUGGAGGCUGAAGAAGCAGUUCAAGAUGGAUCUUCCGAAAGAAACCGGCCGCAUAAGCAAAAUGGAGUGCGUUUCAAUCUGGGGCUUGUGUUCUAAUGAAUGGGGGAAUCCUUGUGAAUUGAUUGAUGCUCCACCGAGAUAUAUCCAUGUUGAAAAGGACAAAAGGGGGCCUGAAGAAGAAAUGAAUGACUCAAGCAAAGGAUCCGGACAUGAGACUUAA